AUGGAUAACAAGACAAAAGUCCUUCAAGUACCGCCUAUUUCUUACACUGCAAUGCAAUCCUUCAAGAAUCCCUUCUCUGCUCUCUUGGCUGACCUGUUUGACGAUGACGUUCCUCUUAGGAGAAGGACUCAUGGCGGUAUCAUGCAUAACAAUAAUGAAUCAACUGAUAGUCCAUUGUCAAGUGAAAGCAGCAUGAUCAUUGAAGGAAUGAGUAGAGCAUGUAGGUAUAGCCCUGAGGAGCAGAAACUCAGGAUUGAGAGGUAUAGAACCAAGAGAAACCAAAGAAACUUCAACAAGAAAAUUAAGGUAAGAAGAUUUGUCCAAUUUUUCUUGAACAAUCUGCUUAACCAGACACCAAAUCAGACACAGACUCUUUCUGCCAUUGUUCAAGAUUUAGACUCUGUGAUUCAUGACCAUACUCUUUUCUUUGACAAGUUGAUUUAACUCAUCCCUGAUUAGUUUUACCUUUUAACCAACGAUAAGGAUAAGCCGUGGUUUCAGGGUCUCAGCAAGGCUAAGAAAGCUGAGGUGAAAAGGGAAACUAAGGAGAAUAUUAAGAAGUCUCGAAGGGAAUGGUUGGAUCCUGAAAAUCCCCCUGCCACUACUCUUGACAUGUUGAAGCAGAACUUGGGUAAGGAGAAAGCAAAUGAGAGUAGCAUUGAGGAGGACGGUGAUGCUAAGCCCAUUGCCCUUGAAGGGGACAAUCAGUCUGUGACUUAUGAAGAGCUUCGGCAAAGGCUUCAUUGUAAGCUUGAGGAUUUUCAUUCAAGUCGCGAGAAUUUGGGAAGGGCAAAGAAGAGGGAGGAUAGAAAUACGAAGAGAGGGUUUGAGGAUAGGAAACACAAGAAGGGUAGUGAAAAUGAAGAAAAUAAAGUUUCAAAGAAAGAGUCUAUAGAGAAAAUGAAGAAAGAUGUUGCCGAGACCUUAAAUGAGCUUGUGUUUGGUCAUAUCAAACUUAAAGAAGGUUGGUAUCUUUCCUUCAUAGAAUCGUAG